CGCAACAUCCUGAAUCUUCAAAAAUUUCGAUAAUAUCCUGGUGCACACAAUCCACAUCGCUUUGUACGGAUGUAUGUUAUUCCAGAAAUUCGGUGCCAAUAAUAAAUCAGUGCGAUAAGGAUUUGUUAGUAGCUGAGUGUAAAUGUAAUGAUACGAAUGCUUCCUCCUUCACAGCCGAGUACCCUUCUACAUUUCCUUCUUCAUUAUCAUCUCCAUUGAUAAAAAAAAACCUUGUCGUUCGUGAUUCGGCUACUUCGACGCAAAACGUCUUACCGUCACCUCCUGUAGGUCCCGUGGGCCCGACGGGGCCGACAGGGCCAACGGGACCUACGGGACCUACAGGGCCAACGGGACCUAACGACCCAGGUAAACCUGGCACGCCCGGAUCUCCUGGAAGCCCUGGGUCCCCUGGGUCACCGGGUAAACCUGGAUACAUAGGUGACAAUUCAACGUCAACGUCAAGUAGUUCAACUUCAUUGCCGAGUAGUUCAAGUUCACCAUCGUUGUCCAGUGAUUCAACUCUUCCGUCAAGUAAUAAACCGUCACCAAAUACUAUCGCCUCGCCAACUGAAAAUCAUUCUGACACCGCGCUUCCAACAAAUCCUUCGGAUACUUCCACCUCCAAAUCCUCUGUGAAAAUCGUCGUUGGAAUUGUUUUGGCCAUAGUAAUACCCUUGAUAAUAGUCAUAUGUUUAUUGAUCUAUUAUCGUCGCAAGCGUAAAGAACCUAUUCGAAAGAAAACCAGGAAUGAUAUACUCUCAUCCACUGAAGACGACAGUGAUUUUGAAAAGAGGCAAUCGGACAACUCCAACGGCGAAGAAGAUAGAAACACAGGAGCAAAUGUGUUCGGAAGUGUCCGUUCUCUCAAAGCUCUUGUUGCACUUGCCACUUCUUCCAAAUCCCAUGCGAGAUCAAAUUCAGAUUCUAGUGACGCAAGUGAGAAUGCAGUCUCCAAUGAGAGUUCAUUGGCAAGCAAACGUGGUGUUAAAGGAUUGAACAAUAUUAUAAUAACAAAGGUGUCGAGUGUACAAGUACAUCAAGAUAGAGAGCCUAGUAUAAGACAUGACGUAGAUGGUUUAUAUACUGGCAGUAGUUUGAGCGUCGGUAGCGUAAGCACAAGCAACUUCGGUCUCAUUGGUGGUGAAUACGAACGUACGAAGAAAAGGGAAAGUAGAGAAACCUAUAAUAGUGAUGUGAGCGUGUAUUCAAGGUGA